UCCUCCAUUAACCAGCACACACAGACAGCAGUGGACAUAAAUUGAGUAUUAUAAUCUGGAAGGACUGGCCAAGUGCGACAUCUAGAGUCACAGAGUCCCUGUACGGCCAGAUUUGCAACUCGGGCCGACCACUGAGUCUGUGUUUUUUGGGAAGGCCUCUGUCGAGUCCCAGAGGAAGGAGACAUGGCCAACAACUCUUUUCGUGGGUCCAAACAUGGACAACAUGGCGAGGCCAACCACGAAGGGGAGUUCGGCUGCUCACUACAGGAGCUGCGCUCGCUCAUGGAGCUGAGGGGAGCUGAGUCACUGAUCAAGAUCCAGGAGUGUUAUGGAGACGUUAACGGACUGUGUGCCAGACUGAGGACCUCCCCUGUUCAAGGUUUAGAUGGAAACUCUGAGGACAUCGACAGAAGGAAACAGGAGUUUGGACAGAACCUCAUCCCUCCUAAAAAGCCAAAAACCUUUGUGCAGUUAGUGUGGGAAGCCCUGCAGGAUGUCACGCUCAUCAUCCUGGAGGUGGCAGCCGUCAUUUCACUAGGCCUUUCUUUCUACAGUCCGCCACAUGCUGAGAGACGGAACUGUGGCAGUGCGGCUGUUGGCGUGGAAGACGAGAGUGAGGCAGAGGCUGGAUGGAUCGAAGGUGCUGCCAUCCUUUUGUCGGUGGUGUGCGUGGUCCUGGUGACAGCCUUCAACGACUGGAGCAAAGAGAAGCAGUUCCGUGGCCUCCAGAACCGCAUUGAGCAGGAGCAGAAGUUCACCGUGGUGCGAGGGGGGCAGGUGAUCCAGAUCCAAGUGUCCGAGAUCGUUGUCGGAGACAUCGCUCAAGUCAAAUAUGGUGACCUCCUCCCUGCUGAUGGUGUCCUGAUUCAGAGCAACGAUCUAAAGAUUGAUGAGAGCUCGCUGACCGGAGAGUCGGAUCAUGUCAAGAAGAGUCUCGACAGAGACCCCAUGUUGCUGUCAGGUACCCAUGUGAUGGAGGGCUCUGGAAAGAUGUUGGUCACCGCUGUAGGUGUGAACUCUCAAACUGGAAUCAUCCUCAUGCUGCUCGGUGUUAGUGAAGAUGCUGAUGAUGGUGAGGACAAGGCUGAGAAAGAGAAAAGGAAGAAGGAGAACGAGAAGAAAAAAGAGGAGCGGAAAAAGAAAGAGAAGAAGGACAAGAAAAGUAAAAAAGAUGACAAAGAAAAGAAAGGAAAAAACAAGGAUGGAGCCUCCGUGGAAAUGACACCACUCAAUGAGGACGGAGAACCAGAGAAGAAGACAAGCCUACCAAAGAAAGAGAAGUCUGUCCUCCAGGGGAAGCUCACCAAAAUGACUGUGCAGAUCGGAAAAGCAGAAAAUGAUGAAAGAUAACAACCUGGUCCGCCACCUGGAUGCCUGUGAGACAAUGGGCAAUGCUACGGCCAUCUGCUCCGACAAGACAGGCACUCUCACAAUGAACCGCAUGACAGUGGUGCAGACCUACAUCGCAGGACACUACUACAAAAAGGUGCCAGAGUCGGACCUGAUUCCUGCCAAGAUAAUGGAACUGCUCGUCACAGGCAUCGGGGUCAACUGCGCCUAUACCACCAAGAUUAUGCCUCCAGAAAAGGAGGGUGGGCUGGCUCGCCAGGUGGGAAACAAGACUGAAUGUGCCUUACUGGGACUCACCCUCAAACUGCACCGAGACUACCAGACUGUCCGCAACGAAAUCCCGGAAGAGAAGCUGUUCAAGGUCUACACCUUCAACUCUGUGAGGAAGUCCAUGAGCACUGUGCUAAAGAUGCAUGACGGCAGCUACCGAAUGUACAGCAAAGGGGCCUCUGAGAUCCUGCUCAGGAAGUGCUGUAAGAUCCUGACGGCCAACAGCGAGGCCAAAGCGUUUAAACCUCGGGACCGAGAUGACCUGGUGAAAAAGGUGAUUGAGCCAAUGGCGUCGGAGGGCCUCAGAACCAUCUGCCUUGCCUACAGAGAUUUCCCCGCUGCUGACGGAGAGCCUCAGUGGGACGAGGAGGCCCACAUCCUCACCAACCUCACCUGCAUCGCCGUGGUUGGCAUUGAAGACCCUGUACGACCUGAGGUACCAGAAGCCAUCAGAAAGUGCCAGCGGGCUGGGAUCACUGUCCGCAUGGUUACCGGAGACAACAUCAACACCGCCCGGGCCAUCGCUACAAAAUGUGGUAUCCUGCAACCUGGAGACGACUUCCUGUGUAUGGAGGGGAAAGAGUUCAACCGACGGAUACACAACGAGCUGGGAGAGAUUGAGCAGGAGCGUAUUGACAAGAUUUGGCCAAAGCUGAGAGUCCUCGCCCGAUCAUCUCCAACGGAUAAACAUACCCUGGUCAAAGGUAUCAUUGACAGUACUGUGCUGGAGCAGAGGCAGGUUGUCGCUGUGACAGGCGAUGGUACAAAUGACGGUCCUGCCCUCAAGAAAGCGGACGUUGGCUUCGCCAUGGGCAUCGCAGGGACAGACGUGGCAAAGGAGGCGUCUGACAUCAUCCUGACUGACGAUAACUUCACAAGCAUUGUGAAGGCCGUGAUGUGGGGCAGGAACGUCUAUGAUAGCAUCUCCAAGUUCCUUCAGUUCCAGCUCACUGUCAAUGUGGUCGCCGUCAUCGUGGCCUUCACCGGAGCCUGCAUCACCCAGGACUCUCCUCUGAAAGCCGUGCAGAUGUUGUGGGUCAACCUCAUCAUGGACACCUUUGCUUCGCUGGCUCUCGCCACCGAGCCACCGACCGAGGCACUGCUGCUCAGAGAUCCAUACGGCCGCAACAAGCCGCUCAUUUCCCGGACCAUGAUGAAGAACAUCCUGGGACAUGCCAUCUACCAGCUCACCACCAUCUUCACCCUGCUCUUCGUUGGCGAGAAGCUAUUUAACAUCGACAGUGGCAGGAAUGCCCCCCUCCAUGCCCCGCCCUCUGAGCACUACACCAUUGUGUUCAACACGUUCGUCUUGAUGCAGAUCUUUAACGAACUCAAUGCUCGCAAGAUUCAUGGUGAGAGGAAUGUGUUUGAAGGCAUCUUCAAAAACCCCAUCUUCUGCUCCAUCAUCCUGGGAACCCUCAUCACACAGUUCCUCAUCGUGCAGUUUGGUGGUAAACCGUUCAGCUGUGUGCGUCUGACUAUCGAGCAGUGGCUGUGGUGUAUCUUCCUGGGCUUUGGCAGCCUCCUGUGGGGACAGCUGGUGUCCAGUAUCCCCACUAGCUGGCUGAGGUUCCUGAAGACAGCCGGUCACGGCACCAAGCAGGACGAGAUCUCUGAGGAUGAGCUGGAGGAGAUGAAGGACAUGAAUGAGAUUGACCACGCUGAAAUGGAGCUGAAGAGGGGCCAAGUGCUCUGGUGCCGCGGCCUCAACCGCAUCCAGACGCAGAUUCGUGUAGUGAACGCCUUCAGAGACAGCGUCUCUCCCUACGAAGGUCUGGAGACGCCCGAGUCCCGCAGCUCCAUCCACAACUUCAUGAGCCACCCUGAGUUCCGCAUCGAGGACUCUGAGCCUCAGAUACCCCUUAUUGAUGAGGUAGAAGGCGAGGACGAGGCCCCCACCAAACGCAACUCCAUUGUCAUCCCACCACCGCUAACUGGAUUGUCCCACCUGCCGCCUCUCCCGUCCUCCCUCAAUCAGAACAACAGCACCCUGGACCGCAUUGUCCCACUGCACAAGGACGCCUCCAGGUCCGGUCUAAUCCCGCCCAACUCAGCAGGUUUGCCGCCAUGUCCGGGGAGCCCCCUGCACAGCCUGGAGACCUCACUCUGAAGCCCCACCCCCUGACCUGACCACCUUUUGUUACUGUUGGUCUGCUCUUACUGUUUGUUACGGUAAGAGUUCUGGUUCUUCUGAGAGCCAAGGAAUGAAAAAAAAAACAUUUUAAAAACAGACUUGUCUGAUUGGUUCUCGUCAGGAGUUCACCUGCUGGUUUUUAGGAUCCAGGAAGCAGAGAUGUUUCCAGGCGUGUUUGUGGUUGUGAGCUGAGCGGCGGUGGCAGGUUCACAGACUUAUGUUUCCUUCUUUACUUUAAUAGACAUGAACUCUGCAGUUGUUAUUUAGGAGAAAGAGUGUUUGUGAGGUGGUCGAUCAAUAAUCAGUUUCUGAUGUGUAAAUAUUCAUGUUGAUGUUCAGAGGUAGUCAGAGCUCGUUUUCAUCUGCAUCCUGUCAGUUUGUCAGCAACCAAACUGAUGACAGGUGACGGUGGCGAGUUCGGGUUAGUUUUAUGUCAAGGUUUAACUUUAAGGAUCUGUGACUGAAAUGUAGUAAAUGUCUAACGUUGGAUUUUAUUCUAGUGUUUUUGUAAAAAAAUGUUUUAGGUUGUUGUUGUUUCAAAAGAUGUAA